UACAGUUUCAGUCGUCUUCUUCAUCGGCGACUUCUUCCCCAAUUUCUGCAUAUUCUAAGAAAUGGCAAAAAUAAGUAAAACUCCAAACAACCAAUCCACAACUGUGUUCAUUGUUUGAACAAAAGAAGCGAGACCCGUCUCUGUUUUGAAUUCAAUAUUGUUAUAGAAGAGAUAUCCACCAAACACAGAGUCACGCACACCUACUCUUUAUUCUCACCAACCCAUUUAGUAGUUCAUGUAUUUGAGCUGACUAUCCUCCAUUAUCUAGACAUUGUUUAGCUUCUAGCUAUGGCGGCAGCUGCCUCUUAUUCUAUUCAGCCCACAUCAAGAAUUGUUAACCAGCCUCAGCCUAAAUCUGCAUUGAAUUCUAGAUCACUUUCAUUCGCAUCCCAAUUCCAGACCUUCUCCCUCAAACAUUUGGAUUGGGGAAUAAGUUUUUAUCUGAAAUCUUUCGAGCUCACAAUAUUGAAAUAUCGUUGUGUGCAACUGCAUCCUCAAAAGGCUAGUGCAUUGGUGAGGGCAGAGAUGAGCUCAGAGGUUGAUGUGUCGUUGAGCCCUAGGGUUAACUCCGUGAAGCUUUCAAAGACGGUGGCUAUCACCGACCAGGCAACUGCCCUUGUACAAGCCGGUGUCCCUGUUAUCCGACUAGCAGCAGGGGAGCCCGAUUUCAACACUCCAAUACCAAUUGCUGAGGCUGGGAUUAAUGCAAUUCGUGAAGGGUUCACUAGAGGAAAAUGGAAUAUCCUACACGCCCGAUCAGAUUUUGGUGAGCAAUGGUGCAAAACAGAGUAUUCUUCAAGCAGUUCUUGCAGUGUGGACGAGGUGAUUAUUCCAGCUCUGUUUUGGGUGAGCUACCCGGAGAUGGCCAGGUUGGCUGGUGCCAACCCUGUAAUUCUUCCCACGAGCAUAUCAGAAAACUUUCUUUUAGAUCCAAAGGUUCUUGAGUCUUCACUGACUGAGAAGUCAAGGCUGUUGAUUCUUUGCUCCCCCUCCAACCCGACAGGGUCUGUUUACCCCCGCAAAUUGCUCGAACAGAUUGCUGAGAUUGUAGCAAAGCAUCCCAGGCUUCUUGUUAUGUCCGAUGAAAUCUAUGAACAUAUCAUUUAUGCCCCGGCAACUCAUACGUGCUUUGCAUCUUUGCCAGGCAUGUGGGAUCGAACUUUGACUGUCAACGGGUUCUCAAAGGCGUUCGCCAUGUCUGGUUGGAGGCUCGGAUAUCUUGCCGGUCCAAAGAACUUUGUUUCUGCUUGUGGGAAGAUCCAAAGUCAGUCUACUUCAGGUGCCAGCAGCAUAUCUCAAAAGGCUGCCGUUGCUGCUCUAGGGUUGGGUUAUGCAGGCGGGGAAGCAGUCGCAGAUAUGGUUAAAGCAUUCCGUGAGAGGAGAGAUGUUCUGGUCAAGAGCUUCGGAGAAUUGGAUGGAGUCAAGAUUUCAGAGCCUCAGGGAGCUUUCUAUCUUUUCCUCGAUUUCAGCUCGUACUAUGGCUCAGAGGUCGAUGGCUUCAGUGUCAUCAAUGGCUCGGAGGCCCUCUGCCGGUAUUUGCUCGACAAGGCUCAAGGUGCCCUUGUUCCGGGGGAUGCUUUUGGAGACGACACAUGCAUCCGCAUCUCCUAUGCCGAGUCUCUGUCAACUCUGCAGGAGGCUGUGGAGAGGAUCAAGAGUGCGCUCGUUGCGCUCAAGCCAGCCGUCGCCGUCUAGGCAGGAGAUGGAAGUUUUUAACUUGUAUUGUAACAUUAGCUGUUGAAUUUUCUCUUUCAAGAAAUUACUUUGUACGUGCAUUAGAUUAGUGAAUGUUAUUUGAUACUGGAUUAUUUUUAAAAAUAAAUUCCGUCUGGGAUAUUCAUUUAAUUUUGAAUAGUUUUGAAUUUUCUUUGUAAAGGACAGAACAAGUACCAAUCAAUUUGAUUGAGUUUCCAUCCUAA